CUCCGCGGAUCCUCGCCACACAUAUUAUGCCCCGUCUUUUCACUGUUCUGUAAAUUUGCCAAUCGAUAAAAAGCUUUCUACGUGAAACAUUAUCAUUUAUCCGUAUUUUGGGGGGAUCGAAAGCAAUCUCAAGGCUAUGUUUGGUGUCUGAACUUGUCUUUCGAGUCUGGAUUCUAUUUACUUUUCUGCGCAUUGGAGGUUUUGGUGCUACAAGUGUUCAAGUUUAUGGAUGUGUUGCUGUGGAGGUGUCGGUUCUGAGAGUGUUAACUUUGACGCCGUGUGUACACUCUUGUAAAGCACCAUGCUACUGACCAGCAGAAAGAGCAAAACUUUCCUGACCCCCGUGAUAUGUCUGGCUGUCCUUCUCGCUGCCGGCAAAGUCCUCUUUGACGUACGACUGUCAGAUCUCCAGAGCUCGCUGACCGGAUCCCGCCCCCCGCCCGCUCUCGCCUACUCUCUGAGUCACGCCGACACCAAGACCGUCCUAUCCUUCCUAGACAGACUACGCGCCGAUCUUGAGACGAGUCUGAAAACGUCGCAGGGCGAGAGCGAGUCACAGGGAGGGCCACUACCUACCUCCCACACGGAGCCCAAACGUUAUGUGUUACAAGAGGUCAAAAAGAGGUCAAGGUCGUACGAUUCUGUAAUUAGAGACAAGUCAUCGGCCGGGAACAUUGUAGUAAGUGCAAGGGAAAACUCGAGAAACGAAAUAUCGCCGAAACUGUCAGAUGAGGAGGGGGAACGUUCUGUGGCAGAGGUUUUGGCGAAACCUCUGGUGAACAAGUUCUACUUCAAGUACAUCUCUCAUCCCAGGGAUCUGUGCUCGAAGUCUAAGACGGAGACUAUCUUCGUGAUCCCAUCAGGGCCUGGGAAUUUCCAGCGAAGAGAGUGGGUGAGGAGUCGCGACGUGUCAAAGUAUGUCAAAGUCGCCGCUCACAAGGCCAAGAUGCUUUUCUUUGUUGGGAGACCGAACAAAGAGAACGUCACCAUCCAAAGACAGCUGGAGAAAGAAGCGAAGACCUACGGCGACAUGGCGCUUUUAGAUUUUGAAGACACUUACAAAAACAUCCUGACGAAACACUUGUCCAUGUUAAACUGGACGAUGGCGUAUUGUUCGUCCGCCAUGUACGUCAUUCGGACCGACGAUGACGCCAGAGUGGACGCCGCCAAAAUGGUGUCGGCCAUGUGGUCUAUCCGUCGGCAGACGGAGAACUUUGUGGUGGGAGUACAACACGUCGGGCAGAAACCUAUCCGUUACAACAAGCACAGGUACUAUCUGUCUCUGGAGGACUUCCCAGACCCCACUUUCCCGCCCUAUGUUCUCGGGGGUGCUAUUGGCUACCCGAUGACCACUGUACAUCUUCUGUACCAGGCCGCCCUCAGGCUCCGGCCUGUGUGGUUGGAUGACGUGUUCAUCACUGGCAUCUGCACCAGGGCCCUUAACGUACCCGUGAUAUCUCACAGCAACUUUACUUUUGUCCAUAUGAAAAAAACGUGACAUCCCACCGUAACUUUACCUAGGUCUACAUGAAAAACCCGUGACAUCCCACCUUAACUUUAUCUUUGUCCAUAUGAAAAACACGUGACAUACCACCGUAACCUAACAUUCCUCCACAUGAAAAGCACGUGAUGUCCCACAGUAACUUUAGCUUUGUCCAAAUUGGUGAUGUGGAAAUUGAAUUUUCAAGAGAAGUUAAGAAUAUUGACAGUUUGAUUCUUCUUUGAUAGUCAAUGUCGGCUGAGGUAAAGCAUUUCAUCUGCUGCAUGUAUUUAGAAAUGAGCAAAAAUAAUUCAAAUGCGUCUUCUUGUCAAUACUGUAGUGUGGUAAAGUAUUUGUGGCGUAACUUAUUGUCAAAUAUCUCCAUAGCUAUUAAACAUAGAUUCUCCAACGUGUGCACAAUGACUGAUAUCAUUUUAUCUUAACUGAUGGAUUUUUUUUUCAAACACCUGUACACUGUAUUCAAAAAAAUUCCUCAACAUAUGCUAAUAAAAAGCCCAAGUCAA